AUGCAGCGAUCACCACCUAAGUGUCCAUCAAAUCCCGAUCUAUCAACAUAUGAUAAUGAAGUCAAUAUAAAUACGCGAAAGCGUAAACAAUUUGACGGGUUUCAAACAAGUAAUUUGGAUGAGAAACUUAGCGAGAUGGUGACCUCCUCGGUACAAACUGUAAUGACCGCCGAAGUAAACAAAAUUUUAACUGCAAUAUCGGGACUGAGUAAGGAUAACGCCAGCAUCAAGGAAUCCCUAAAAGAGUGUAAUACCAGACUCGGGGAUAUUGAUAAAGCUCUAAACGCUAUGGAUGAGCGCCAGGAUUCCUUUGAUGGGCGUCUGAAAAUUUUAGAAGAGUACGCUGGCGAUUAUCCUUCUAGCUCUGAAAAAAUAAUAAUGCUGGAAAAUAAAUUGGCACUGAUGGAACAACAGGCGCGAGAAAACAACAUCGAAAUUUGUAACGUGCCUGAAAAGCGAGGAGAAAAUUUGAUAACUAUUUUCACUCAUCUGGGAGGUAUAAUAAAUUAUAAAAUUAGUCCAACGGAUAUAACAUCUUUACAUCGAGUGCCCCAUGCCAACACAAAGGACUCUAGACCUAAAAAUAUUAUAGUAAAAUUCGCCUCCAGAAUGACUCGUGACAAUUUUAUUGCGGCCUUCCGCUCCAAAAAGGAUAUUACUUCUGAAAAUCUGGCGAUUACCGGACCGCCACACAAGAUUUACGUUAAUGAACAUUUAACCCUGCAAAAUAAGAUCUUAUUUCGAGAAACUCGAGAAAAAGCUAAAAUACGUGAGUAUCGUUAUGUAUGGGUUAAACAUGGAAUCAUCUUGGCGAGAAAAAAUGACACAUCACCGGUCAUCGCGAUCCGGUCGCAGCACGACAUCAAAAAAAUUAAUUAA